AUGCAGAAUACCUCUACCACCGGAAAAACAUCGGGAGUUAAAAAGAUGAAAGGUAGGAAACAAUCAUCAAAGCGAAAAGUGGUAGCUGAGGAUCAAGUCAACAAAGAUGAGCUAAAGAAGAAAGGAAAAGACUUCGCACUCCGUAUUCCAGUCACUUACAAUCAAGGAGCUAUCAUCGCUUUCCCAGCUGUUUCCAAGAUUUCUUCCGGGAAACAGUUUGGCACUUCGAAAAGGGCAGAUCUUUCUCCAAAGGAUUUCAAUGAGUAUCAGAGUGGAAUGAACGAGGAAUACAAGCGAUUGGUUUACUCAUUAAAUAAUGGACGUGCACGAAAUGGAAUUGGUGGUGAACGUUCAACUCCGUCGAAUGGAUAUGGAACACAACAAUCGGGAAGUCCUUAUGAAAAUGGAUAUCUUGGUGUUCCUGAUGCUGAACCAGGAAAUUACAAAGGAGCUAUGACAAAGAGUGAAAAAGCUCUAUCGAUUCACCGAAAUCGUCGGCACGAGGAGGUUCAUCAACUGGAAAGAGAAGCAUGGGUCAGAAGUGGUUACUAUAAUUCGGCGACGAACAUUUACCAACCAACAGUCAAUUCCAUCCCGUCGACAAACAAUCAGGAAUAUUCUGACGGUUAUGGUAGUCCGACACAAAAUGGCCCUAAUGAUUAUUCGAUGGGAAUGGAAUCUGGAAUGGAUAAUUCGAAUCAAGGAUAUCGUGAAAAUGGAAUGACUGGAUCGGGGAGGAGUUAUGGUUAUUCAAAUGGCGACUACGGUGUCCCAUCAACCCCCAAUGGAGACUCUCAAAUGCCAACUAUGAAUUUUGGCUCGUAUGCACAGUAUUCUCGAAUCCCUCAACCACCACAGCAACCAUCACAUCAAUUUGAGACUUACUCAUCUUAUCCCACCAACCCCACCAACCCCACACCAUCCUCUUUUUCCUCCGGUGGCUAUGAAACAUCUAGCAAUAAUCAACCACAAACGGGCAACUAUGGUCAAACAUCUAGCUAUUCAUCAAACUAUCAAAUGCCGCAGCCAACACAAAGUUACAGCACUUUCCCUUCUCAAAGCUCUUCACAAAGCGGAAAUGGUGAUUACUCGAGUUAUUCCGGAGAUGAAUAUCGAAAUGGUGGAGAUGGAAAAGUCAUAACCAAUCAAUAUGGAACAGAAAAUACAAACAACGCAAAUGUCGAUUAUGGAGCCUAUUCUGGCUAUAAUACAAAUGCUUAUAUGAACUCGGGAUCCUACCAAAAUAAUGGGCAAAAUCGGCCUGCUAGUUUCAAUUCAUGGGGUGAAAUGCAAAGCGGAAUUCAAAGUGGAUCCGAAUAUCAAACAAAUGGAAAUGAUUAUCGCACGCAAUACGGAUCAUCUCAAGGUGGAGAAACUAGAACAUAUAGCAAUAAUGAAUAUAAUAAUGAAAAUAAGAAAUCGGUCUAUUCAUCAUAUUCGGUGCCUCCUCCAACUUCAGACCCUAAUCAAUUCACCGGUUCGCAGAAUUAUGGACCUGGUGGAGGUGGAGGUGAACUGACAAAUGGCUAUGGAUCAUCCCAAUCAUAUGGAUCUUCAUCUAACACUCCAAAUGAUUAUGGAAAUUAUGGUUCUUCUAACAAUUAUGCUGGUAGUACAAAUAAUAAUUAUGGAUCAUCAACAAAUUAUGGUUCUUCUGAUAACUACAUGAGUGGUACAAGUACCAACUAUGGGGCACCAACUAAUUACCCAAAUGGAAACACUGCUCCAAUUGAUCAGAACACUUAUAGUUCAUAUGGAUCUAGCGAUAAUUACGGUUCGACAUCGGAGCAAAAUCCAUCAGAAUCCUAUGGACAAACAUAUCCACCAACAGAAAAUUCCUACAAUACUUAUUCUGGCUUAGGUGAUAAUUCAGCCUCAGUAACCGGUGGCUUCUCUAGUUAUGGCAGUGAAACAGACGGUUCAGUGAGUUCAUCAUUAAAGGGUUAUCCAAAUGAUGGUGACUCUGGAAAUAGUUACUCGAGUUAUUCAAACUAUCAACCAGCUCCAAAUACUUUCAAUUCUUAUUCUGGGACAAAUGAACAAAAUGGUCAAAAUGGUUGGGAUGGGUCCGCAUAUCCCAAUGAGAUUUCAGUGGAUAUCGAUGUCGAUUUUGGGAAGCGGGGAAAUAUUGAUGGAUCGGAUAAUGGGAUUUAUUCACCUGAAACAUAUUCAAGUUACGGUAGUGGGAAUAAUGGACAUGGUGGAAGUGAUACAAUUGGUGGAUAUCAUGGAGGAUAUGAUAGAGUCGGAUAUGGGUCAAGUAAAGCAAAAAACCCGGCAAUUAGUGGCACAAUGAAAGAUUCUAAAGCAGAUCAAACGAUAGCAACAACAACAACAACACAAAGUGAUGCAAUUCUUGAUGGAUAUAAGAAAAAACUUACUGUUGCCCAUGCUGCU